UCUAAUUAGGAACGAUACGAUGGAAGAAAAAUCGGGUAAAGUCAAAGGAAUCGAUGUCAACGACAUCGACGUUGAGUCAAAGGUAGGCAAUGCUAAAGAAAAACUGCAAAUGAAAUCGGAAGCGCUUAUGUUGCUGAGCCAGAAGAUGGAUCAAUGUAGGACACAACGAGAUCAAUUCAAGCUGAUGGCCGAACAAAUUCAGGAAAGAUUUUUGCAUUUGAAGAAGCAAAUAUGUGAUACGAAAGAAUUGAAUAGAUAUGGUUUAGAUGAUGAUUUUAGAACUUUAGACCUAUUAGCAGAAGCGCGAGAACAAAAUAAGUGCCUUAAACUGCAAGUUGAAACACUAAGACAAAAAUUAACUGAUGCUGAAGGCGAUAUCAAAGCAUUACGUAUGAAUAAUAAUCGUACAGUUGAACAGCCAGAUACUCAAGUAGCACCAGCUAUGCAUCAAAGGGAAGAAAUGAUAGAGCAAUUAGAGAAGCUAAAUUUGAAGUGUUCACAGUUGCAAACAGAUUUACAGACAGUAUUGGAUGAGAAACAUGAAUUAGAAAUGGAAAGGGAUGCCUUCAAGUGUAAAGCACAUCGUUUGAAUCAUGAAUUAUCUAAGGCUUUGAACGCUACCAAACCAGUUGAUUUGGAUGCUCUUAUCAAUGAAAACAGAUAUUUGCAAGAGAGACAGCAACAAUUGCUUGAGGAAAAGGAACUUGCACGUCAAUCUCUAUCAAAGUAUAAGAGUAUGCUGGAUAGUAAAAGAGCCAAAGGAGCUAUCAAGUUAGGAGCCAAUUCUGCAGCUGGAACAAUAAUGACUCACAAACAAGUCGAACAGCUUCUGCAAGAAAGUUCUUACAUACCACCCCAGAAAUCUGCUGCCGCUGUUACCGAUCUACGAUGUCUUUGUACUGCCUUACUAGAGGCUUUAAAUGACAAAACUUUAGCUCUGGCGCAUCAAAAAAAAGCGAACAAAAUAUUGGCAUUGAGAAUUUGCGAAUUGGAUAGUGCAAUACAGUCACCAACGACGAAGCUCUUGGAAGGAUACACAAGCGCCAAUGUUGAUUUGAGAUGUGAUAGUGAUUUUAAUGAUUUAGAUAUGACUAACGCUAGUACAGAUAAUAUCGAGGAGAAUAGUAUUAUAACAAAUGAAAAUAAUGUGCAAUGUAGCUCUUCACCCGAAAGUCAAGUUAUGCAACAACUACAAUCGAUACAGAUGAGUCUUCCAAAGAAUUUAGGAGUAUUGGUUCAAAAAGCAUUGAAUAAUUUGAAAGAUAACGAUAAGCAAAAGAUACGAAAUUUUUUUUAAAAAUAUAUAUUA